UGCGUAGGGUUUCUAUUUGUAAUUUCUGACGGAUGGUUUGCAAAUUAUGAUUACCGUAUUACAGGGAUAUUAACAUACUUUUCCUUGGCCGAAGAUUUGUAAUCAAUAAUCAUAAAUUAUGAUGGACGCUGUAGGAAGUUUGUGGAUUUUCGAAAUCUGGAUAAGGAAAUUCAAAUACUAGCCUAAAAAUUACCUGAUGGCUUCCAUUUUUAAGAAUCAAGUGCUCAAGCACUUGUCCAAGUUUGCCAAAAAUCUUUCUCCUGAUAAAUUGCAUUUAAGUACUUUGAAGGGUCAUGGAGAGCUGCGUAACCUUGAAUUAAAUGAAAAAGUUUUAACAGAACUCUUGGAACUCCCUGCUUGGUUAUGUCUCACUAAGGCUACAUGUAACUAUGUCACUUUACAGAUAUCUUGGACGAAACUAAAAUCUGUACCUAUUCAUCUGUCAUUGGAUGAAGUUGUCGUAGAAAUGAAAACAUGCGAAGAUCUUCGUCCUCCCACUCCAAUGACAAAUGAAGCCAGUUAUAAAUCUGGUGGCAAAUAUGGAUUUUCAGAUCGUGUUAUAGAUGGUAUGACAGUUGUUGUGAAUUCAGUCAUUAUAAAUUUCAGCUCUCCAGCAUUUCAAGCUUCUUUUCAGCUAUCUCGAGUUGUUCUUGAGAGUUACUGUCCAUUUUUCAAAAAGAAGGAUCUUCGGUUAUCUAGGAUUAAAGAGCCUGAUCGUGGUGAAGUAUUGCUUUUCAAGCGUCUAGAUUGGCAAGUGUUGCGUAUAGAAGCUAAAUCUAGUGAUGAUAAUGCAAAUGGAUUAUCUGGUCACAUUCCCCUGACUCCUCUUCGACUGAUUACAAAUCAGGGAUGUUGCAAAAUGACUAUAAAGAAAAAACUUAGUGAUUGCAGUGUCAUUGGAUCUCGACUCAUUUUUGUAUUGGAUGAUUUGUUGUGGGUCCUCACAGAUGCACAGCUAGUAGCUGCUCUUCAUUUUGUACAGUCAUUGAGUGGGUUAGUGCAGAAAGCUACUGAACUUGAACAAAAACGAAAAGCCAAGCAGAAACUUGAACAACAACCAGAUAAACAUGUCUACAGUCACUCGAAAUCUAGUACUCCUUUGAGCCCAGCAUUUUAUCGUCAUGAUGUUGUUGAAACUUCGUAUCAUGUUUUGUGUAGUAGAAUUGAUUUACAUUUAUGUGAUGAUAUGGAUCCAAAAGAUGGUCGAUCUCAACAUGCUAAUCUCAAAAAUGGAGGAGCAUUACAAGUAUCACUAGACAAAUUAAUAAUGGAUUAUUAUCCUUACCAUCGUGCAUUUUCAAGUCGAGAACAUUGGCUGCAUUACUCAGAACCAUCUUCUAGUCGUAGUACUUGGGUUCAGCAACUUUUAACAUUAUUUAAUGAAAAACUACAGAGUAAAGUGGAUGUAAAUGCCACUGGAGAGUCUGUUUAUACCAAAGAAAGCCCUAAACACAAUAUUUCUCCUUCAGCUGAAACCAAUGUUACUGACUCUCCAACUUCACCUGAUGAAAAGCCAUUAUUGACUAGAAAAGCCAGCACCAUUAGUAAUUCUUCUGGGACUCUGACUCCUGAUGUGUCUCGUAAAAGCAUCAGUGGAUUGAGUCGAAAAUCUUCUUUACAAUGGAAUUAUCGUUACCUAAUGUCCAGUUGUUUUGUUUUAAGGCUGGAGGAUAUUGUUGCUUAUAAAGUUUCAACAUCCACAUCAUCUCGUACUCGAGCUAUUGAAAGAUUUCUCAUUUAUAAUAAAAGUGCACAUAUGCCAUCAGAUAUAAAGACCAUACAUUUAGAGCAAACAUCUUAUUAUUUACCUGGUGAAAUUGAUUUUCCUGUUCCAUCUCCUAAUUUAUUUCUGCAUAUUGGUCCCUUGAAAUUGUAUUUGGAUACUCCAACCAUACUUUGGAUAAAUGCUUUUUAUCUAAAUUUACAAAAAUGUUUGAUGUCUUUAAAACUGGGUGCAACUGAAGCGCCAUCCUUUGUUAAUAUUAGAGUUGAAGCCCUUCUACCUCAAAUUGUAAUUCCAAGUGAUGCGAACUCACCUACUCAACCUGAUCGACCAAGGACUUUACAGCUUCAGUCUUCUCGUACCAUUGCUACAAACUGCCGCUUAGGAGAUCACACUACUCGCAGUGAUUUGAAUGAAUGUCUAGAAACUUUCAGCUCAGCCGAAAUGUUCUCAAAUACUUCCAAGUUUCCAUGGAAAAAAGAUAAGAAACCUUUGGCAAAUGCAUUUUUUGAUCACGUUAUUGGUAAAGAAUCUAAUAUUAAAGGUCAGUCAUCAAAAGGAAUUUUGACUGAAGCUACUGAAGUUUGGAGUAUAUAUUUAGAUCCAUUUUGGGCCGAAUUUACCGUAUGUGAGUCAGGGAGAACAAGAUUGCAACCAUUUAUUGAUCCUUUGCCAAUCACCCUAUGGUUUUAUAGCUCUCAAAAGCCUGAAGAUGUUUUACGAUUAUCAUUAAAUAAAAAAGAACCGGAUAACUUUAAAAUGUGCUUGCCAAAUCUUCAGCCUUAUGUGUGCCAAAAUCAUGUAACAAGUGAUGAAGUAGAUACACCUUACACAAAUGUUAGUAAUUUAAACAAUAAUGAAGAUGAAGACGAAGCAGAUGUAUAUUUAUUAAUACAUGUAAAUUCUUUGGUGAAUAUACAGUUGUCUCACUUUCAAUAUUUAUUUGUGUUACGGGCAGCUGAUAUUAUUACUGACAUGAUGGAAAAUUUAGAAAUUGAUACUAGCACUAUAAUAAAAAAUAAACCUGUAUUAUCAGUUUGUACCUCUGCCUGGAUUCCACAAAUUGAGUUAUCAUUAGUUUUAAGAAAUUUAAAUCAAAUGUCUGCUACUUCAGAUUCUGUUGAUUUAGCUUCUCUUCAAGAAGAUUGCUCUAGUACAAGUGAUAUUCAACCAAAUUUUGGGCAAAAAAUUCUGCAGUCUAAAAGCUCCCUCUCUGUCGGAGAGUGUGAUCCUCCUGCCAAGAAAUCAAACCAAGAUAAUUUGUGCUCUGGUAUACUAGAUGACUGCUGCAUAGAAAAUGGGCUGCCAAAAUCCUGUAGUGAUUCAUUGCUCAAUUGCCAUUCCUCUGGCUCAUCUCAGGGGGUGAACACACCAGUUCAAGAAGCUCAACCUUCAAUUGCCACUGAAUCAAUUCAGAGGGGUUUCCAGACAGGCACAUCUGCUAUGAAACGAGGUUUGUGCUCCCUUGUUGCAAGUAUUGACUCUGCUUUGACCAAAAGUGAUCAUUUUAGUUCCAUGGAUGGAGAUUCAUCAUUUCCUGAUGAUGAUGCAGUGUCUAUUAGAAGCGAUGUAUCAUCUGAUAUGGAUCAGUUUGUGUUGGUGAACCAGGAUGGUUCAUUGGAAGAUGAAUUUUUCCAGCAUGCACGGCCUGAAAUUGGUGUAGAUGUUGCCAGUAAGAUGAGGGAAAAUUCUAUCAUUAGUAAUUAUACUUUGAAUAGUGAGAAGAAAAAGGAAAUGGUGUCUAUAACUGUUUUUAAGUUUGGAAAAGUUGGUUUUGUGUCUCAUUCAAAAUUAAAUACUAGUAUGUUGCUUCAUUGUGGUCAAAUAGAAACAAAAGAGGAAUCUGCCAUAUCAUGGGAAAACUUCCAGAACAAUUUUUCUACCAGAGCUCGUAGUUGGAAAAAUGAAAAAAUGACAACAAGCCUCAGAGAAUGUGAGUUUAGCAUGCGACUAGAUAAAGACUACAUAUGUAGCAGUGAUGGUGGUAAACCACAACCUGGAGCUGGUUUCAUGAGCAUAUUAGCUAGCAACCUUUAUCUACAACUUCAGAUGAAUAGCCUUUCUGGCUUAGUUGAAUUCUUUGAAGAUGAAAUAGUAGCAAAACCAGUGCCAUCUAAAGUAAUAUUAGAUAAUUUACAGAUACAAUUGCAGGAGGAGCCACCUCCAUCUGGCCUAUUAUCUCCUAAUAGUGCACCUUUAAAUAUAAGUUUGCCUGGCUGUAUUAUAGAAAGAACUAUUGAUGGAACACUGAGUGUUCUACCACUACCACAUGGUUAUGUAGAAAAAAAUCUUGGUGAUCUUCUAAAUCAUACCUCUUCCUCAGAAAUUUAUUCCAAAUCCCAAAAUGUCCAGAACUCAGACUCUUAUAGCAAUGGUGAGUCACCCGGCAUGUCUAUCUGUGAUAAUUCUGAAGAUGAACAAUUAUCUGUAGCUAAAUUAAUUCAAGAUAAUAAAGAACUUAGAUCAAAAUUAAACCUUAUGAAGAAUCUAGAACAGGAAAAUCAGAUAUUAAGACAAGAAUUGAAUUUAUUGAGAAAUUCUGUUGAAGAUGAAAGGCUGAAACAACUACUCGAAUCACGCAGUGAAAUCCGGAGACUUGAACAUGAAAAAAGUACACUACAAGAAACUUUAAGACUACUACAGAAUGAAGUAAACCGCUUAGAAACAGAAAAACAACAGGUGAACAGAUAUCACUGAAAAAAUAAGACUUUUAAAUGCUUCAAUAAGUAGAUGUACAAGAACAUUUUUUUUUUUUUUUUUUUUUUGUGAACAUGCAGUUACAAUGUAUUGAAACCCUUGAAGUAAUAGGUGAUUAUGAGUAACAAUGACUCACAGAUGGAUGCACAUUUAACUACCAACAUCAUCACCAUUCUCUGUUUGCUGUUUUGAUGUGCUAUGUAAGUAUUUUUUCUGGUAUCCCUCACUAUAUUUUUUUACAGUUUAUUUGGAAGUUUUAUAAACUAUAUUUAAAUUUUAGUGUUGACUUUUUUUUUACUUAUGGAACACAACAAUAUUUUUGUAUGUUUUUUCAUAGAUUAGAAUUAAGAAUAAUUUUUUUUUAUUGCAUAAUUGUUUUUGUUGUUCAUUUUAUUUCUUGUAUGCCAUGAUAUCUUAUGAUGUGAAUAUUUUUCUUUGAUUAAUAACUUUAAUACAGUAUUGAAAAAGGAUGGAUACUCUGAAAACUAAUUUUAAUUUUUUUAUUAUUUAAAAUUUUUAUUUGUUAUGUAUUGCUAUUGUUUUAUUUCCAGUAUAAUCUGACAUAAAAAAAAUCUGCUGCAUUACAAAAAUUGUGAGAGGCAUUACUGUUUUGUUCACUUUUUAAAUUUUUUAAAGCAAAAUACGAAACAUUUACAUUUUUGAAUUGCAAAAUAUUUAUCCAUUCAUUUUCUCUUCUGUUUCCUUUUUGACAAUAAUAAAAUAUAGAUAUUUUUUAUGAAAAUUUAUUUUUAAAUUUGUAAAAUUUUUCAGGGAGAUACGAUAAUUGUGAGAAAUAAGAUUGCAUAUCUGUUUUUUAAAAAAGUAUUUGCAUAAAGUUCUUUUUAUAGAAGAAAAAUAAAAUUUAUAUGUGGAAACAUUUUUAUUAACAAUGCAACUCCAAAGGCAUACUGGGUAUAUUUAAGGUGUUUGUUAACAAAAUAUAAUAAUUUUUUCAUUUAAAAAUGAAUAAGAUUGGGGUUUUAGAUAAAUUAAAUUUAUUUAAUUUUGAUUAUGAAUAAAAUUUCUCAAAUAUUCCUUUUGAUAUUUUUGUAUAAUACCGAAUUUGAAAUAUGUUGUUAUUUUAUAGUUAUAUGUGAGUGAGUUGUUUAUAAUCAUAAUUAUAAUACAAGCCUACUCUUUUACUAUUUUAAAUUACAUGGAAAAUAUUUAUUAUAUAUUAUUUGAAUCUAAAUUCAGAGUAUGCUUUUUUAGUUUUUCUUAUUAAGAAUAAGAACUGUAAUAAUUUUUUACUUGAAAUUUUCUUCUACAAUUUUUUAUGGUACCAUUCCCAUUUAUAAAAAUGAUUAUAUUAUCUUUUGAAAGUUUAUGAACCACAUAGUUUGUGGAUACAUUAUGUAUUCCCUUUAUGUUUUUUUAAUUGCACCUGAACCUAUUUAUAUCCUAAAUCUAUGUGUAGCCUCUUAAAUAUAUUAUUGUGUUCAUUAAGUGCACAUUUAUUUAUUCUUUUAAAACAAAUCUUUUAAAAAGAUAGAUUUUGUGUAGUCAUGUAAUUUUCUCAACCUCCUUAGAUUGAAUAUCAAAUUUUAAAUCUGUGUCUUAUCAUAUUCUCUUACUGAAUAUAUUUUUUUCCACUAAAUAUUUAUUUAUUAUAUUGGAUGAAAUAAAUGUGACAUAAUUAUUUUGCAAAAAUAGGUUUUUAAAUGUUGGUAAAGUUCUGAAUUGAAGAUUGUCUUACUAAUUCAUUUGUGAAUGCCACACACACACACACACAUAAAAAAGUACUUAAAGAAUGAAACUUUUCUAUUUAUUCUGAAAAGGCAAUUUCUUCUCUUGAGAAUUUUGAAAGUUAUAUUUUAUGCAUUGUUAGAAUUUUUAAAGAUAUUUCUUUUCUUUAAUUUUAAAUUAAUUUUAUAUUAGUAAUUUUUUAUAAAGAAAAUAUAGUUUUGUUGCCAGAUUAAAUAUAAAUAUUUUUAAAUUGUUGGAAUAUUUUCUGCAUAGAUCAUGUUGCCUAGACUCAAAAUUAUUAUACUUUUUGAAUAUAAACUUACUUUUUCAAAAAAGUAAAUUAUGAAUUAUAAAAUAUUUAUUAGGAUGUUGUUGUAAAUAUAAUUAUAUGCACAGUUAAAAUUUUAAAUUAUUGUUAUUUCAGACACUUCAACAGAUUAUAGAAAUUACAUUCGAAGUUAAUAUCUAUUUUGAAUAUUAUUUUUACAAUGUUUGAAGUCAAUUUUAGCUUAUUGUUUUUUUUUAAAAAUUGACAUUAUCGACAUAUUUUCUUAUUUUUGCUAGGUGAAUGUACUAAAACUAAAACGUAUCAUUAUCUUACUUUUGUUGUUGAAAUCAACAACAACAACAAGGAAAAAAAACUGAUAAAUUAGAAGAGAAAUAAUGAUAAAAUUAUUCAAAGAUCUUUUUUACUAGUGAAAUUACUUUCAAAGAAGUAUGAGCACUGCUAUAUCUAACCAGUCACAUAAAUAAGCUUCAGAAGCUCAAAAGUUAAUGUACUGAAUAGGAUUUCAUUAAAAAAAUUUACUAGGAUUAGAAAUUCAGCACAUUUAGUAUUUAUAAAAUUUUAUUUAAUGAUAUAUACUUUAUUUGUAUUCCUAUGCAUCAGCAACUAUCAUGAAUAUGUAUGAUAAAUCAUUGUGAAUUUCUUUUAUGGAAUAGAAUUCUGUGAAACAAAUUUAAAAUAUUAAGUAAGAAAAAAAAUGCAGAAGCUAUUAGUAUUCACAACUUAAUAAUUUUGAAUUAAAGUGCCGCAGAGGAUGUCUCAUUUUUUAAUUUUAUUCAUCUACUCAACAUUUGAAUUUUGAACUUGAGAAGGUAGUUUUAUUGAUUUGCCAGAAGUGCAGUAAAAAUAAAUUUUACCUUUGUGAAUCUAAGAAAUAAAUAGUAUUCAAGCAAUUAAUAGACAGUGGAAGACAUAGACAUAUGGAGGACAUUUUUUCAAGCUAUCUUAAUUAGAAUUUGAAUUUUCCAUCAUUUAGUAAAAAUAGUUGAAAGCUACUUUGUGUUUAUCUCUCAAAAUAUUGAGUAUAUCUAGUAAUUUCAGCCUUUUAAAUGCCUUUCUCUCAAUGUUUUAAUUUCCUAGUGCUUCUUUUUGUUGUAAAUUUGAGGGAAGCUAACUAUUUAUCAUAGAAAAUCAUAACAAUAAAAAAUAAGGUUUGCAUUUAACAUAAAAUGUCUGUGAAUAUGAAAUAUUUCAAAAAAUCUCCCCUGUUGUUUUAAUACAAAUUUAUAGCACUGCAUAUAUAUAUGUUUUUUAGGUUAAUUUUACUUAUUUUCCAUUUGUUACAAAUUUAGAAAUCUUGCUAAAUUCUAAUAAGCCAGAUUUCUUAUUUAAAAAAGAUUUGUCAUAUUUUCAUCCCAAUUUCAUUGGUCUGUGCAUUAUGUAUCAUCAUCUGUUAAUUUUGAGCCCUCUCUAUAUUUUUAGAAAUUGUAUUUAAAUUUUAUUGACUUCUUUUACUGUAAUUAUAUAAAUAACUGUUGCUCUUGAUUUUGCUCUGUAUAAAAGUUUUUUUAUUUUAAAAAUCUAGUCAAUUGUAACUUAAGCAUUAUAUUUACUGAUUUAAUGAGCAUUGAGCUGAUUAGAAUAAUAAAUAAAUAAAUUUAUAUUAACAUCAGCUGCUUUUAACCAUAUAUGAGUGUAUACAUUUUUCAAUUUUGAUGUAAAAUCCUAUUUAUAAUGAAUGUAUCAUAAUUCCUUAUGUUGAUAACAGAGCUUUAUAUUUUUGUCUGGUGUAAAGAAAAUAUGGUGUUGUACAUUUGAUUUCCAAAGUAGCAUUUUUGCUUGUUAUGAUUUCUGUCUGCCAAAUAUGUUGUGAAAUAUGUUUAUUUAAAGGUGCUUUUGAUCUCAACAGUCAAAUUUGGAUAACUGUUGCUUAAUUGCACAUUGUUACAUGUUAUAAAAUGUGAUGUUACUACAGUUGAAGAUUUAAAAAUAAGGAAAAUUAAAUUAUCUACAUGUA